AUGCCGACCUUCCUCGACUCCUUCGGACCACUCUCCUCGACCAUCCACGGUAUCCUCGUUUCCUCGAUCUUGAUACCAGCCUCGUUGACCUCAUUNUUUGCUGGCAAUGUCGCGGACUACAUGGGUCGCAUCAUCACCUGCUCUGUCGGAGGCUUGAUCUUUGCAGCAGGAACUGCACUAGAAGCUGGUGCUCAAAACCUUGCCAUGCUGUUCGUUGGACGCUGCAUCACUGGAGUGGGCGAAGGACUAUUCCUAAGUACCCUGGUGGUUUAUGUGUGCGAGAUUGCUCCCGCCAGGCAGAGAGGUGUACUAGCUAGUGUCCAACAGCUGCUAGUCACCAUGGGCAUUGCUGUCGGCUACUUCAUCUGCUACGGCACAGUACGAAGCUCCACCACAAGCUUCAGCUGGAGGUUCCCCUUUGCUCUGCAGAGUUUCCUCGCCUUCACAUAUGCACUUUUGACUUUCUUCCUCCUGCCCGAAUCACCCAGAUGGCUCAAGAGCAAAGGUCGCAUGGACGACUCGCAUGAAGCCUGGGAACGACUGGGCAUUGCCGACGCCGAGCGCGAGAAGAACGACCAACAAGACCAAAACCUGACAAUCCAAGAACCGGAGAGUCUGGCUUUGACGCCAAUCCGCUCACGCCAGAGCGUUCACGACCCCCAGCACGUUUCCUGGCUCGCCGUCUUCACGAAAGACACCCGCAAACGCACUUUCCUUGGCUGCUUCGUGAUGGGCAUGCAACAGCUCUCAGGUAUCGAUGGAGUUUUAUACUACGCGCCCCUCUUGUUCCAACAGGCAGGUCUUGACAGUGCUACUUCCUCUUUUCUCGCUUCCGGAGUCUCCGCUCUACUCAUGUUCCUCAUCACCAUCCCAUCCUUCAUGCUCGCCGACAAAUGGGGCCGCAGAACCUCCACUCUAAUCGGCGGCUGCCUCCUCAGCACCACAAUGUUCAUAAUCGGCGCUUUAUACGCUUCCGGCAGCGUCCACGGCUCCUACGGUGCAGCCCGCUGGAUAGUAAUCGUCCUCAUCUACAUCUUUGCCCUAACCUACUGCACAACCUGGGCCGUGGGCAUCAAAAUCUACGCCUCGGAGAUCCAGCCUGCGAAAACUAGAGCGCCGGCAACGAGUCUAGCGCAAUCGUCAAACUGGGUGGUCAAUUUCGUGGUUGCGUUUAGCACACCGGUGUUUCUGCAGCAUUCGAGCAGUGGGAUUUACUUUAUGUUUGGUGCAGCGAGUUUGUUGACGGUGGUGGUUUGUGCGACUGAGAUGCCAGAGACGAAGGGCAAAACUCUGGAAGAUAUUGAUAAGGCGUUUGAGCACAGUGAUGAGGGUCAGCAGACAUCGGUCAGGGUGAGGGUGGUCAAGUUGUUGAGGAAGUGGCAGCGUGGAAGUUUUGGUCAGCAUAGAGCGGCGGUCGAGGACCGCGAGAUGUAA